AUGGCGCCAUGCGUCGGAGGAAGUCGAAUCCGGUUGCAAAGACAGCGUAAGCACAUACAUCACAGUAUCAUACAGUCGCACGCCGCCAUGUCGUCUUCGUCCUCGUCCAACUCAAAGGCGAAGAGAUCAACUGGUCUCCAGGGCCGGAGGCCGCAGCCGCUGAGCCUGACGACCCGGCCGUCCAAGAAACCCCGCGUCGUCGCCGGCAGCUCUGACGGCGGACCAGCUGGGCCGGUGAUCAUCUAUGAGCACACGCCGAGGAUCAUCCAUGCUGCGCCGGACGAGUUCAUGUCUGUGGUGCAGAGACUCACGGGUAAGCAGCAGUCAUUUUCGUCGACAUCAACAGCAGCGACGUUGCCGGAGCCAGAGGCGACGUCCGGUGCUAGGGACGACGAUGAAACCUCAAUGUCGGCAGCCGCCGAAGCUUUGGCUCUCGCGCUCGGGCAGCAGCAGCGUACGCCGUGUGGUGAUGAUCAUCCGGGGCCUUCUACUUCUCCGGGUGCUGCAUCAUCGCUCCUGUCCCCAAGCAGCUUCAUCUUCUCCCCGGCCACCAUGCGGGCCAUACGGGAGCUCAUCAGCGAGUGCUAA